CAGUCUCUUCGCCCUUCCGUCUCACGCGUAUCCGCGAUCGACCGACUCGGAAAACAAGCUACGUCGGCAUCAAUGGCAUACUCCGAUACUCGGCGACGUGAUGCUACGCGAGGUAUGGCGGCUCAAUUACAUGCAUGAUAUCGCGUGGGUCAUGGGGCAAUUUGAUGAGGAUAUCGCGAGGCACGUGAAGGCGGUAUUCGCGCAUGGGAAUUGGAGUCGGACGAUCUGUGGAGGAAGAGGAUGGAUAAUGGAUGAGCAAGUAAAGGUGUUUCGGAACGCGAGGAUUGUCGCCGCCUACAUGCCCGAAGCUUUCGGAACGCAUCAUACGAAGAUCAUGUUGCUGUUCAGGGGCGACGACACAGCGCAGUUUGUUGGUGUAUUCGAUUCCAUCCCCCGUACUAACGACUCGAGCAUAGGGUCAUAGUCCACACAGCUAACACGAUUCGCUUCGACUGGCAAAACACCGAAUGUGUAGCCGCCACUCCCUUUUCCAGUAGGAUGAGCACCGCUUCUGGGUAU